UCUCCUGGGGACCCCCACCCUGAGACGCUCUAUCCCAGAACACCUCCACCAUGGGACCCCCCCCGGGAGUAUCUGGGCACCCCCUUAUCCCUAUCGGCCCCCCCUCACUGCCCUCUGUCCCCUGGGGGUUGGCCAGGCCACGGCAGUGCCACCAGCUCUGUCCCUCGGCCUUGCAGGAACGUGGGGGAUGCUCCAAGGGGCCACUGCUCCCCCCUCCCCCGCUCUCCAGGCCGGUGGGGUGGUGACACUGGAGGGAGGGGUGUCCUGGUGGGGGUCCCCAUGGCUCUCGUUCCCGUGUCCCCUUGUUACUGUGUCCCCCCCCUUGCUUUCUCCUUCCAGGCUCAGCGAGUGGGUGCGAGGCAGGCUCUGAUCCCGGCGGGAUGCGGUGUCCCGGCGUGUCCCUGUGGGGGCUCCUGUGCCUGGGGGUAGCAGUGGCCGGGGGUCGCCCCGUGCGGCUCGAGAGGGUCCGUGGGGACGCCCGGACCCUCACCAGGACCCUCAGCACCCGCCUCCAGCAGCUGCAGGUGCCCUCCGGCCCGGGGGGGGCUGUUCCCCUGACCCUGCGUGUCACCGGCCUGGAGGGGGUCCCGGAGGGUCCUGGCGGGGCUGGGGUCGCAGCCCAGCGGCUCCAGCUGUUCCAGCGGCUCCUGGGGGCUGUGGCCGGCGACCUGCGCCUGGCCCAGGUGGCCAACGACCUGGAGAACCUGCGCAGCCUCCUGGGGGUCCUGGGGGCCCUGCUGGGCUGCCCCCGCCUCGCGACCCCCCGGCCCCCCGGCCCCGCUGGCCGAGGCUCCCACACGGUGGCCGGGGUGGCCCUGGCGCGGCUCCAGGGGUGCCUGGAGGGGAUCGCCGCCCACCUCGAGGAGGUGCCCGCCUGUUAGGGACCCCCAGGACCCCCCCAACAACCCAUGGACGUGACCAAGACCCCAGCAGGAUCCCCACGAGGGCUCCUGGGACCCCACAGACCCCACCAACCUCAGCAGGACCCCAUGGAGACACCACAAGGACCACCCGGGUCCCACCACGAUCCAUCCCACAGACACCACCAGGAUCCCGUGGACCCCCACAGGGAUUCCCAGGACCCCACAGUCACAAACAGGACCUCUCUGGGACCCCCCACAGAUCACAUGGAACCCCACAACUGUCCCCAGCCACUGGAGUGACUCCAGCUGCUGCUGCCAGUGCCUCUUUUUCUACAUUAUUAUAUUAUUAUUAUUAUUAUUAUUAUUAUUAUUUGUUAUUACCCUUAAGUAUUUUUAUUUAUUGACUUUAAUUUAAAAUAAAGCCCCUUUUCCAGCA